AUGAAUCUGACGCCUGCAAACCUUUCCCUCCCCACUGAAACAUUCUUGAGAGCAGCAAUUCCCCUCAAGGAAAAGGUUGUAGAGGAAACUUGGAACCGGAGAGACCAGGUGGUUGAUCCCACGGUGUACGCCAGACUGUUAGGCACUGCCUUCACUUGUUUGCGGUCGUACCAGGUUACCGGUUGCCGGAACGACUUGUAG